CUUAACAAAUAUUUGUUCUGUCGACUGUCAUUUUUCUAAACUUGAACUUUCAAACAAAAGCAUAGGUGGUUGUUACCAUCUCAAUAAAUAAGAAUAAAUCAUUAGAAAUAGUAUGCAAUGAUUCUGGAAUUUUUAUUACUAUAAGAUCUAUAUGUUCAACAAAUAUUUCACCUAACUCCAACAGCAUCUACUUCCCCUUUGAAAAUGUUGAAAACAGCAUCUAAACCAGUUGACGUUCAGGAUCUGCAAUUCAAACUUCAAUGCCGAUUGACCAUAUUUGACAAAAAAGAGGGAGUAUUAACUAAAACUCCUAAAGCACUAUUAGCAUCCGCUAGUAGAUAUGGGCUGGUUUUUGUAGGAUGUAGUUCAUCCAAAUUGAAAGUAUUUCGCUUUGAGAAUAUUGAAGAAAGUUUAUCAACAGAAGCGACAACAAAUUACUUGAGAAGAGAAGUUAAUCUCAUUUCACAACCUCAUUAUAUUUGUGUUAACUGUGACCAUACAAUUCUAGGAGUUGUUCUUGAGAAAGACAGUUGUCUUACGGUAUUAUUUUAUGAUAUAUUAUCUUUUUAUAAAGAAAAUAUUGUUUUAUUGAAUGAAGUUAAACUAACUAACACAUCUGGAUUGAAUAUAGUUCAGGCAAAUUGGCAUCCUACCAUAAACAAUAUUUUUACUGAAAUAAAGUCAGAUGGGACACUUGGAAUUUAUGAGCUGAAAGAUAAGUCAUUUGAUGUAAAAAAACUCCCAGCAGAAUCAAAAGCUUCUUGUUUUUGUUGGAGCCCUAAAGGUAAACAGAUUGCAGUGGGUUCCCAGGAUGGUAAAAUUAUUCACUACAAACCGGAUCUCAAAGCUGUUAAAAGUAUAGAUGCUCCUCCAUUUGAUAAACCACACAGUGUUUUGUCCUUACAAUGGAUCUCCAAUUAUCAAUUUGUGGGAGUUUUUAAGACAUGUCAAGAAUUAGAUCCAGAAUGUAGUGUGGUUGUAAUUGAUUCACCAAAAACUGGAAACCCAGUAUUCACAAAUUUUUAUGAUAUUUGUUAUAGCAAUGGCGAAGCAAGGCCACCACAGUUUUAUUUAAUAGCUGAGCAGCAAUGGAAUAUUUUAUUAGUUGGAUCUGCAAAUAGUAUGGAAAUUGGAGUUUUAUCCAGUACUGGAGAAAUAUGGACACAGUGCAUAUUACCUGAUUCAGCAAGAGCUGAGCUACCUCUGGAUAAAAACCAAGAUGAGACUUUUCCUGUAGGCAUGACUGUAGAUAAUAGCUCAGUAAAACCUGUACUUUGGGGAGAGUCGUAUAUACAACCUUGUCCUAGUCUGCUUUUACUUUCUACUGAGGGAGUUUUAUGCUGUUUCCGAAUAAUAAAUUUAAAGGACAAUGUUCCUAAUAUUAAUUCUCCUCCAGAAAAAAUUAAUGAUAUGAGUGGUGUAAAAUAUUUUGUAGCACAACCUUCGGAAGCCACACAAGUUUUCACUGCUCAACAAAGUUCUCAGGUAGAUAAGACACCUACAAAUCUGCAUAACCAAGCCAAUUCGACCCCCACUAGCAGUAUGUUUUCAGCGGCACAUUCUAACUCGCCUAGCAUGUUUCCAUUAGCUAAUUCAACGUUGGUUGCAACACCUCCAGGAACACAAAGACCUACAACGCCAUUGUCAAUUUUUAAGGCUCCAACGCCUAAGGCAACUCUUCCUCCGCAACCAACAGUUCUGUUUGGCGGUCAAGUUUCCAUCACACCAGUAAAAAAAAAGGAAGAAACACUGCAAACUCCAACAGCUUCAAUUGGGAACAUGCUUCUAUCUGGUAUAAAUAAUAAAGGCAUCGAAGAAAAGAAAGAAAACAGAUUGCCAUUUGAAACAGGACCAGCAGAAGCUAUCUCAUUUACAAAUUUUUCGGCUGGACCUGCAUCAGCAGAAACUAAGAGUAAUACAUUAGGUAAAACUAAAAAUGCAGAAGAACAAUCUUCAACAGGUUCAACAUUGAAAAACCUACUAUCUGGAAAUAGCUUGAUGAAAACAAGCAACAACCCCAUUACAAGUUCUUUACCACCUUCUUCAUUUGGAAGAACUCAGGUGCCAAUAGGUAUCCCUCCAGUUACAUCUUCACAAAAUGUUUCAGUUGGAGCACAAAAAUUGGGCGAAAAACCAAAUGUUCCUUCGUCAGUGUCUAAUGCAAGUCAAUCUCAGAACUAUAAUAAAGUGCAGAGAAAUUUGAAAGAAGAGGAAAAUUCAGAUAUAAAAAAUAUGAUGACAAAGAUACUCCAGAUGGAAUGCGCUGCUUUAGAUAAAGAAAUUCGAGAGUUGAUCAUACAAGGUCAGCAUCUAAGGAUCAAUUUGGACUCAAAAGAAAUGGACAAAAUUGUACAUCUCACUGAGAGUAUUAGCGAAUUUUUGAAGGAGUUAGUUGAGACAUGUGAAAUUCAAACUUCUGAGGUUCACAUUUUGAAGCAGAAUACUAUCCAAUCAUGGGCUUGGCUAGAAGAAGCGAGAUCAAGAUACAAAGAAUCCAAAGAUGAGGAACUCAAAAAUGUUCUCAAAUCAAAACCAUUAGAUUCUGUUUCAGAGAAGCAUUUGAGUACUUUGAAACAAAUGCAAUACUAUUUGAAUUCUCAGUUGACACAAUCACAUAAGGCGCUUGACGAGCAAUGGGACAAAUUUCAAGAUUAUUGCCGUAAAACUAGCAGAGUCCAAUUACCGACAAUGGAAGCGAUUUUCCAGACAAUGGUGAAACAGAAUGCUGUUCUCCAAAAACACAAUUAUAUACUGAAGGAUAUUACCAGUCAAAUAAAAGGAAAACAGAAAGCUUCAAACCAUGCUGCACUUUUUAACCCUUCUGAUAAAAAUGAUAACUUGGAAAGUUGUUUUAGAAAUCUCAAACUAGAACCAGAAAGUAUAUACCAUAUAUAUUAUCAGAAAAUACUCAAUAGGGUGAAGUCGCUGCCUACAGAUAAAACUAAUCAAUUGAGAAGAAUACUCCACAAUAGGGAAGUGCCCCAUGUAACAGUUAAAUCUCAUUUGUCCACGUCAGUUUCGAAUUUGAGUUCAAGGUUGAAUCAACAAAUAGAUAUCUCAGUUAGAACUCCAAAUAGAAAAAAAGCUGAAAAAUCGGAAUUUUUCCAAUCUUCGCCACUGAAUGUAUCAUCUGAACCCCUACCACAAAUUUCGAGUACACCAAUGACUCAAUUUUCUUCCAUGAAUAAUAUCAACUCUAAUGAAAAACCAGAACUAUCAUUUAGACUUUUAACCGAAUCACAAAAAUCACUACCAAUUUCGAAAACCAACAAAGAAAACGUUUCCGUAGAAAAGCCUAUAACUUCUGCCAAUCCUACAUUUUCGGUGGAUAAACAAUCUCCGUUUUCGAAUCAGAAUUCUUUGUUUAAAACGCCGACAAUGAACAUGAAUGUUAGUGUCUCCUCAAACUCAUCAGUUAACCAAGAACCUAAUCAAAACGUAUUCAGAAGCAACAUAAAUUCAACUGCGAGUUUUCCAUUUUCCAAUUCACUCGAAACAUCUACUUCUAAAACUUCGAACAAACCAUCUCCAUUAAUUUCGAGUACAUCAUCUUUCAAUUCCAAUGUGAUAUCUGCAACUUCUCAAAAUAGCAAAACGUCCAAUAUUUUUGGACAACCAUCAAAUUCGUCAUCAACUUUCCAAGGUGGUGGUCCUUCACUAAAUUUAUUUUCUUUCGCACCUUCUUCGACUCCUUCGAAUCAGUUUAUCAAUUCAGCCAAUGUAACAUCUCCAUCCGCAGUUAUUGCAGGCAUAAGCAGUCACAGUACAAAAUUGUUACCAACAACAGUUUCAAAUAAUGAUGGAUCUAUACCUCAUACGACGGCUGCUUCUUCUACAUUCUCAUUUAUGAGAACCAAAUCAAACACAAUUUCAACAACAGACAAUACGAGUAGUUCUGCUAUUACUAAUAAUGACUCCGUUGCUUCAACGCAAAACUUGUUCUCAAAAAAUACAGGUUUAUCUGCAUUUGCUUCUGAUGUGAAAACUGAGGCGGCACUUCCAAGUGAAGCUACUUCUGCGUUUGGUUUUCUCAACAAAAAUAUUGGAGUAGUUCCCAAAUGCAUUUCAUUUGGAACUGGCAGUGAAACAACAUCAACAGCUGCAGCAACGUCUAUAUUUGGUUCUGGUACUAAUAAAAGUGGAGAUUCAGCCAACUCUAAAUUCUCAUUUGUCAACACAGAAACAAAAACUAGCCUUCCUUCAGCAUUCUCCGUUUCAUCAAUAGUUGGUACAUCUUCUACAAGUGGUUCUGCAGUUCCUACAACUAAUACAUCAAUAAUACAAUCUGCUAAGACAAGCGGGGAAAGUAGGUUACCUCAAACAACAUUGUCCCAUUUUGGUAAUGUCGAACCAAGUCCUGAAUCUGCCCACACACCUGCAACGUCCAUAUUCAGUUCAUCGUCAAAUAAAGAACAGCCUUCAACAAGUUCAUCUUUAUUCCCCACCAAUAGUGGAUCUCCUUUUGCUGUCCAAAGUGGAUUUUCAUUUGGCAACAGUGGUGGAUCUUUAUUUGGCACUCCUACAAGUAAUGAACCAACAUCAUCCAUCAUUAACAAAAAUUCAACAUCAAUAUUUGGAUCUAUUACAACUGUAAGUUCAGUGACGACUACCACCACAUCAAUAAGCAGUCCUUCAAUCACAACUAAAGGACCAGUUACUGAUCCACUUAGUACACCGUUAUCAAGCUCUAAAUCAGGAUCAGCUACUACCAAAUCACUAUUCAGUUCAGAACAAAACAUUGGACAGGUGCCAUCGGCAACAACUGGAAAUAGUGGAAGUUAUGAUUCGGUACAAACUGCUUCCAAUCCCUUAUUCAAUACUCCAUCGUCAAGUCAUGGAGUAAUGCCAGUAUCUACUCAUUCUAUAUUUGGAAAUGGAAUGGUACAAACAACACCAAAAUCAAUAUUUGGUGCAUCUAAAUCAAGUGAUUCAGGUGUAUCUACAAGUAGUGCAUCUAUAUUUGGUGCUUCUGUCACAAAUGAUGGAGCAUUACCAUUAACCAAAUCUAUAUUCAGGAAUGAUCCUAAGGAAUCUGAAUCAAUAUUGAAAACUAAAACUCCUGCAAUAAGUAGUCAAUCGAAUUUUGGCUCAUCCACAGGCUCAUCCUUAUUUGCAAAUUCAUCUUUUGGUGCUUCAAAUGCUCCUAGUACAGGUUCCAUAUUUGGAAAUACUGCAUCAACAACUGAACCUUCGAAUAAUUCUGCUAAAUCACUUUUUGGAUCUUCUAGUGCUACAGUUACACAAUCACAACUCACUUCAUCUCUUUUUGGGGGGACUACAAGUUCUAAUUCAGUAUUUGGUCAAGCUAAUUCUGGAUCACCUUUCAAUACAGCAACAGCAAAUUCACCAUUUAGUAGUGCUGUAACUAAUGAGGAAUCUCCUUUUGGAGCAAAACCAGGUUCCUCUAAUUCUCUAUUUGGAAGUGUGGCCCCAUCUGUAUGUUCACCAUUUGGUAGUACACCAACUUUUGGUGCACAAUCAUCUCCAUUCGGUCAAGUUUCUACAGCAUCCAAUGCUUUCGGUUCGAAUGUCACCAACUCUACAUUUGUUACUUCAACUGAAAAUUCAUCAUCACCCUUUGUUCAAAACUCAGCCGUCGGAACUCAGUCAGCAGGAAUGUUUGGAACAUUUGGUACAUCCAGCGAGAAUAAUAAUGCAAAGGGAUCAUUUGGAUUUGGAAGUCUUACUAUGGGUUCUGACCAACCAAAUUCAUUUGCAAAAACCAACGAAACUAAAUCUCCCUUCGGAGGAACAAGUUUCAAUCCUACAGCAUCUGCAGGAUCUAUCUUUGGCGCGUCGACUUUUGGAAAUAAUAAUGGCAAUAGUGUAUUUGGUAAAUCCGCCUUCGGAAACAAUGCUCCUUUUAGCAGUGCUCAGCAGAUAGGAUCAUUCAGUGGAGGUUCAGGAUCAAUAGCGCAGACGGGCUUCGGUGUUUCACAGGAUUCUCCAAAACCAUCAGCAUUUGGAGGUGCUCCAAGUUAUGGAGGAACACCUGCUUUUGGAGCCGCUCCAACAUUUGGGGGAGCACCAGCAUUUGGUAGUACAGCAUCAUUUGGUAGUCCAAGUAAAAUAUUUGGAUUACCAAAUCCAUCAUCUACUGGAACAAUUUUUGGAUCCAACAAUCAACCAUCUGGUUUUGGAGGUUUCGGCAAUCAAAACUCAUUGGGCUUCGGAAGUUUAGCACAACAGCCCAAUAAUCAAGGAGAAAAUGCAAAACAGACUUCAGGUUUUGGGAGUUUUGCCACCCAAAACACGAUUGGAUUUGGAAAUUUAGCACAACAAAAUAAUACCGGGCAAAAUGCUCCAUUUUCUGGGAACUCCUCCUUCUCAAGUUGGCGCUGAAGUGGCCUAGAAUUCCCAGAAAGUUGAAUGAACAUAAUGUAUUUUUAUGAAUAAAAAAUUGUGAAUAUUUACAAUGUUA